AUGUCAGAGCACAAAUCGGAGCACAUGCCGAAGGAGACGUCAGAAUACAUCUCAUCAGAGGAUAAGUCAGAGCACUCGUCAGAACACCUAUCGGAGGAUAUGUCAGAGCACGAAUCGGAGCACAUGCCGAAGGAGACGGAAUACAUCUCAGAGGAUAAGUCAGAGCACUCGUCAGAACACCUAUCGGAGGAUAUGUCAGAGCACAAAUCGGAGCACAUGCCGAAGGAGCUGUCGGAAUACAUCUCAGAGGAUAAGUCAGAGCACUCGUCAGAACACCUAUCGGAGGAUAUGUCAGACCACAAAUCGGAACACAUGCCGAAGGAGACGCCGGAAUACAUCUCAGAGGAUAAGUCAGAGCACUCGUCAGAACACCUAUCGGAGGAUAUGUCAGAGCACAAAUCGGAGCACAUGCCGAAGGAGACGUCGGAAUACAUCUCAGAGGAUAAGUCAGAGCACUCGUCAGAACACCUAUCGGAGGAUAUGUCAGAGCACGAAUCGGAGCACAUGCCGAAGGAGACGUCGGAAUACAUCUCAGAGGAUAAGUCAGAGCACUCGUCAGAACACCUAUCAGAGGAUAUGUCUGAGCAAGAAUCGGAGCACAUGCCGAAGGAGACGUCGGAAUACAUCUCAGAGGAUAAGUCAGAGCACUCGUCAGAACACCUAUCAGAGGAUAUGUCAGAGCACGAAUCGGAGCACAUGCCGAAGGACACAUCGGAAUACAUCUCAGAGGAUAAGUCAGAGCACUCGUCAGAACACCUAUCGGAGGAUAAGUCGGAGCACUCAUCGGAACAUAUGUCAGAGGAUAGCCAGAAUGAACAGGAGAGCUAUACUGAUCAUCACAGCGACACUAAAAGAAAAAGGAAAUUGCAAAAUGAAACCAUAAAAAAGGAAGUGACAGGGAAUGGCAACAGUAAUAAUACAAGACGUUAUUGUCCUUUAUGUGAUAUUUCCCACACAAAGUUAUCGCGACACAUUACUCUACGACACAAAGAUAGGGAAGAUGUAAGAAAGGCUCUAGAAUUACCAAAGAAAGAGCGUGAUGAGAUCUUUGCGCAAUUCAAGAAGAAUGGGAUCCUGAAACACAACAAGGAAAUUUUAGGGGAACCUCAUCCAUGUUUCCAGCAAGAGAAAAAAAUCAAAAAAAGAAUGCAAUCUCAUUAUGUGCGGACUGUGCAAAGGCUUCUAUAA